GGUGCUGCUCGGUAAAGAUGGCGACGGAGCCGCCCGUGUGUGCGCGAGUCCGGCGAAGAUGACGACGAGAAGCCGAGCAGCUCAGUUCUCAGGCGCCGCGUGGACAGUGUAGAGUCGGGAGACGCCCAGAGGAGCUGUAGAGGAGCUGUGAGCGCGGUGAAGCGGAGAGGAAUCGUCCGGCUGUCGGUCUCCCCGCGCCUCCCUCAGCCGCCGACGCCGCGGGCUCGGCUAUGGAGGACAUCAACUCCAACAUUAACGCGGACCUGGAGGUCCGGAAGCUCCAGGAUCUGGUCAAGAAGCUCGAGCAGCAGAACGAGCAGCUGCGGACCCGCUCGGCGCUGCUGUCUUCCUCCGGGGCCGCGCCGGGAUCCAUCGGCAGACCGCUGAGCGCCGGCUACGAGUCCUCCGCGCUGAGCUCGGGCGCGGCGCCGGCGCUUUCCGGCUACGGCGGGCCGAGGGGCUUCAAUUACGGGGUGUCGCUGGUGGAGAACUCGCGCUGCCUAAGCCCCCGGCACUCUUACCACGGAUCUAACGGCCGCUACGACUGCGACACCACCAACAACAGCGGCGUCUCCUCGCGCUACCGAGACUCCGUGGUGGAUUUGCUGGAGGUGGGGGAAAGUUCAGUGCUGGACGAGGUGGAGAUCCUCGACCUGGAGGACAUGGACUGUCUGAACGAGGAGGAGGACAGCUGGUUGUAUGAGGCCAAGCUGAACAGUCCUCUGCAGAAAGCACUCAGCCCCAUCGUGUGGUGCAGACAAGCCCUGGACAACCCCAGUCCUGACAUGGAGUCAGCCAAACGCUCCCUCCUACACAGAUUGGACCUCACUAUGUCCGCAAAUAAGAGGAGGAGUCUGUAUGGAAACACCUACAGCCCUCAGGUGGGCUAUGGAAACCAGUACAGUCCAAACGCGUCGAAUAGUCCGUACAGCAGCGGCUUCAACUCCCCCUCCUCCACUCCCUCCAGAGUGCCUAUCGUCAAGCAACUAGUACUGCCUGGCAACGCGGGCCAUCAGCGGAGCUCGGACAGAAACCCUCCAGCAGUUAGCCCCCAGUCAUCAGUAGACAGUGAGCUAAGCACAUCAGAGAUGGAAGAGGAUUCUGUGGGUUCCUCUACCACCUACAAGCUCAAUGACGUCACUGAUGUUCAGAUCCUCGCCCGCAUGCAGGAAGAGAGCCUGAGACAAGACUAUGCUGCCACAGCAUCACGGCGCAGCUCAGGCUCUUCCUGCCAGUCUCUGCGGCGGGGAACACUCAGUGACCAGGAGCUGGAUGCCCAAAGCUUGGAGGAUGAUGAGGAGGAGAUGCUUCACCCUGCACUGUAUCACCCACCUGUGACCCGCUUCAGCCCGUCUCCUCGCCCCUCUCCCCGUGUCUCACCCCGCCACUCGCCACGCUCACGUUCCCCUGCACGCUCGUUGGAAUAUGUCCGAGCCUCACCACAACCAAUGAUCAGCCGCCUUCAACAGCCCCGCCUCUCCCUGCAGGGCCACGCCCAUGAGCCGACUAAUGCCAUUAAGAAUGAAGAAAAAUUGCGACGGAGUCUUCCCAACCUGACUCGCUCCAGCUCCGGCCCUGCUGCUGAACCUGUCAAAAACAGCCGCAGCUGUGAGUCCAACCUGCAAGUGCCAAACGGAUCCCCCCGACACCAGACGAGUCAGUCAGCUACAGCACAGCAGCAAAGGCUCUCCGGGCCGGCUCGCGCCUCCCCCAAACCCAAAGAGCGGCUGCAGAGCCCCACGUCCCUACGAGUUCAUCUCUCGUGUUGCUUUGGAGAGGAGGGAGAUUUCAUUCCUUCCAGUAGUAAACUGAGGACUCCUGCUGCCCCCUCACCUCUGGCCCUGCGGCAGCCUGUAAAGGUUGUGUCUAAUCCUAGUUCGGGCACAUCCACACCGACUCGAUCUCUAGCCCCGCCCCGCAGUGCUCUGCCCCGCCCUAGUGGCUCAGCUGGUGGGGGGUUACCUGUGCCUCGCAGCAAACUGGCCCAGCCAGUGCGCAGGUCUUUACCAGCUCCCCGAAGCUACAGCGGCAUCAGAGAUGAGAGCUGGAGGGAGGGCUGCUACUGAGCAUGCCCAGAAACCUGCAGCACAAAGACGGACUGUCCAACCUGGCACUUUACCGACCUACAUAAUUAUUUUUUUUUUUAGAUUACACAAUAUCUGCAAGAGAGUCACUCUUAGCACCUCCAUACAAUCAGCAACAUAAAGGAAAUUCUCAUCUCAGUGGGGUAGAAACAUGGCUAGCUGGAGAUCCGAGAAUGCCAAAGAAACCAACUGCCACCAGGAGGCACUCUCACCAACUAAACAGAGCCUAUACAGAGAACUGAUUUAAACCAGUACCUGAUAUCUUUGCCUGAAUGCCUACUCACUCUAUCUAUCUCUCAUUGAACCUGUGUUCUGACUUUUCACUGUUCCUCUCUGCUUCUGCACCCCUAAAAAAAAAAAAGCCUGGACUAUCCUUACAUAAAUUUUCUCUGUAACGGGCCUGUUGCAAUCCUGUGUGAGUGGAGUAGUGUUUUUUAACGUUAUAUAAUAGUUGUCCUGCCGUGCUUGCUGGACACCCUUAAACAGUGGCUGUAUGGACUGAAUAUGAAUCCAUGACAGUGUCUUUCUCCCAGAAUGUCUUGUCAUAUCUAUGUGACAAUUAUUUAUUUAGAGUCAUUAUUUAAAAAUCUUAUUUCCAAAGUACAAAAUAUUCAUAAUCAGUAUUUUUUUCUUAAGUUUUGAAUGUUAAUGUUUAAACCUCAAUUUAAAAGCUAAGUUUCCAAAGCAUUUUUCAGUGGAUUCAUGACGAAGCAACUGGAUAUAACAUUUCAUUUUAUCACUGUGUAUCAAUCCAGAACUAUGAGAUCCAAACCAGGGUUGUUGUGUUUUUUUUUUCUUUUCUUUUCUUUUUUUUAUAUAAUAUGUUUCAAGUGUAAACUUGUAGAAUCAUGGAGUGGUUUGCUGAAAUACAGGAGGAUCAUCGAUAGUGCUCUUUGUAAGAUCAAAGCAACUUUUCCCAAAUUGUGUGUGUGUAUCAUAUCCCUAUUUGGCAGUUGAACUAUGGUAAACCAUUAGAUGUUAAACAUUAAUUGUUAAAUUUGGUGGAGAAAAAAAAAUGUAUUUUGUGCAUAAUCAAGCUUUGAUGGAUGACCGGUCCAUUGGUCUGUUUCUGGCUCAGGGGAAGGGGUCAUAAGAUGACAUUGUGAUGUGUAGCGUGGUUGUACAAGUAACUGAAAAUGUCUAAUGAACAGCUGAUCAUGGAGUGUUAUCUUUUUGUGGUUGUCCCCAUCAUCAGGUCUUUUAUGGAUUUGAUAAAAAAAAAGAGAGAAAGAAGCCUUUCAGUGCAUAAAUGCAUGUACAUUGAGGUUCAUGGUCCAGCAAAAGCACAGGAAACUAUGCCUUAAAGGCAAAGCUUCAAACAUCAUACACUUUAAGCAAAGAAACCACACUGUUAUUCCAGUGAGAGUCGCAGAGGAAACGGAAAAUAGGAAGUGCUUGCCGUUGCUUGAGUGGCAGUGGCACUUCAGACGCAUGCAGUAAUGCGUCAGUAAGACUGCGAACGUUCGUUAUAAACAUGAGUGCCUAUAAGUUAUAAAAUCACAUGAUUGCUUUUAUGUCCUCAUUAUUGUUUUUGUUUUUUUUCGUUCUGUAUUUAAUUUGGUGCCAACUGCGUUGUUUUGCCAAUAAUAAUUGUUUGCUUCAGGGGUCGCUGCAUUUCUUGCUUGAUCUUUUUUGGCUAAUGUAUUAUUUGGUUUUAUAUUUGCUUUGAUAACAUUUAUAUUUGCUUUUUGGAACAAAAAAAAAUGUAUGUUAUAAACGCCUUGAUAUUUAUGACUAAAUGCUCUGAUCUGUUGAGAGGCUUAUUUAUUAAACAGAGCGAUGCCUCUGCACGGUGUGAGGCAGCGUCAGUGGGAUGCCUGAGCCUUGUAUAGGCAUGAGGAUGGUCAUGCCACACCAUUUUGUGGACAGUUUUGUUAAAAAACUUUUAUAUCUCCACAGACAUGAUGCUCAGUUUCCCCUGUGUUAAUUCACAUUGCAAAUAAAAUGUGCAAAAAAUCA